UUCGCUUAACCUGACUCAGCGCAUAUGGUUAAAGCAAGAACUUUCCUAGCGCGAGCGAGAGCAAACAUAAGAAAGAGAAACAUAAAAAGAGGGCUUUGUCGUUCGUUCUAGUUGAAUUCAAUAUUUUCUUUAUUAUUUUUGCUUUAUACUAAAAAUCCUUCUGAGUCGACUCGGACGAGUUGUCUCAUCGUACGGACUCAGUCUUCUUUGUUAACCCUAACGAUUCUUCUUUUUUGUUUGGUUUUUCCUACAUCGUUUGUUUCUUCCUCGUUUCUUCAGAUCUCGCAUUUAUUGCAGCGAGUUCUAAUUCGAAGCUCAAGCUCAAUCUACACCGUUCAAUUUGAUUACCUUGAUUUAGGAUUUUUGUUCUUUUUUCUAUAUAUAAGCUCGAUGGGGGUUUCUGUGUUGAUGUAGCUUUCACCGAGUGUUUAUUUUAUCCAAUUUCAUUGUUUUGGUGGUUUACUCGUGAGGGUGAAAUUUGGAUAUUUGGUAGUUCUGUUGAUUAAUGAUCGUUUUGGUUGAAGUGAUUGGUUUUGUUCUUGAUCUUGAGCUUUCAGAAACAUUAUUGGCUCUGAAGAAGAAGAAGAAAAAGAAGGUUUCUUCCUUCUGGGUUUGUUUAUGUCUCGAAAACUAGAGAGUCCUGUUCAGACCCAGAUGGCAGUUGCAGUCAUGAGGAACCCUCUUGGGAGGGAGUAUCAUGGGAGUCAGAGCCAGAAUCAGAGGCAACCUGCUGGGAGGAGACGGGUGUUCGUCCAAACUGACAAGGGUUGUGUCCUUGGGAUGGAAUUGGAUCGUGGCGACAAUGCUCACACCGUUAAAAGGAGGUUGCAGCUUGCUCUUAAUGUCCCUAUUGAAGAGAGUUCUCUCACUUUUGGUGAUAUUGUCUUGAAGAAUGACCUUAGUGCUGUUAGGAAUGAUUCCCCGCUUUUACUAACGAGGAAUCUGAUGCAUAGAAGUUCAUCAACUCCUUGUUUGUCCCCAACUGGAAGGGAUAUCCAGCAAAGGGAUAAGAGUGGUCCUAUUGAGAUAUUGGGGCAAUCCAAACGCCUCGAUAUAAUGAAACACAUGGUUAAGCACAUUGUUAAGGCGAUUAAGAAUGGGAUUGAUCCUGUUCCUGUUAAUGGUGGGCUUGGAGGUGCCUACUAUUUUAGGGACAGCAAUGGGGAUAGUGUUGCUAUUGUGAAACCAACUGACGAGGAGCCUUUUGCGCCGAAUAACCCUAAAGGUUUUAUUGGUAAGGCACUUGGACAGCCUGGGUUGAAACGAUCAGUUCGGGUUGGAGAGACGGGGUUUAGGGAGGUUGCGGCUUAUCUUUUGGACUAUGAUCAUUUUGCGAAUGUGCCACCUACUGCGUUGGUGAAAGUUACUCACUCGAUCUUCAAUGUCAAUGAUGAGGUCAAUGGGAAUUGUUUUAGGAGAAAGAGGCUGGUUAGCAAGAUUGCUUCUUUUCAGCAGUUCAUACAUCAUGAUUUUGAUGCUAGUGAUCAUGGUACGUCGAGCUUCCCUGUUGCUUCGGUGCACCGUAUAGGGAUAUUAGAUAUUAGGAUUCUUAACACGGAUAGACAUGCCGGAAACUUGUUAGUUAGGAAACAUGGUGAUGGUAUUGGGACUUUUGGUCAGGUGGAGUUGAUUCCUAUUGAUCAUGGCCUCUGCCUGCCAGAAACUUUGGAGGAUCCUUAUUUCGAGUGGAUUCAUUGGCCUCAGGCUUCGAUUCCAUUUACGGAGGAGGAGCUUGCCUACAUUCGUAAUCUAGACCCCGUUCGUGACUGCGAAAUGCUUCGAAUGGAACUGCCCAUGAUUCGAGAGGCUUGUCUGAGAGUGUUGGUGCUCUGCACCAUUUUUCUCAAGGAAGCUGCUAAUUUUGGCCUUUGUCUUUCUGAAAUUGGUGAGAUGAUGACUCGCGAGUUCCAUAGGGGUGAAGAGGAGCCCAGUGAACUCGAGGUUGUUUGUUUGGAGGCGAGGAAGAUGUUGGCUGAAAGGGAGGAACUAUCUCCAAGGACUGAUGUGGGGGAUGAUGAAUUCCUGUUUGAUAUUGACUAUGAUGAAGGUGGAUCUGAUUUCACUCCAAAGAUGGCAAUGGAUGAUCUUCUAACCCGAGCAACUUUUCAGCCUUCACUUGGGAAUGGCCAUGUUCGCAGCCCACUUUCCAAAUUGGAAGAGAGCAUCGAGGAGGAAGAAAGUGAUGGAGAAUCUCCUCAGGAAUUUGGUACUUUCUCAACUCAAGAAAAAGUUCCAACCAUUCCAGAGAUUACUGUUUCGCUGAAAAAUACCAUGUUAGCGGAGACAAAGCAGAAACAUUCCGGAGGGAAACUGGACAAUGGUUACUUUGUGAACACAUCAUCUGGCCAUAGGAGUGCAAGUGAGCAGCUUCCAUCAAGCAUAAGCUUCAUAAAACUUGCGGAUAUGACCGAGGAUGAGUGGACCUUGUUUCUGGACAAGUUUCAAGAGCUGCUGUAUCCAGCAUUUGCCAAGAGGAAAUCCAUAACCUUGGGGCAGAGGCAGAGACAGAGGCUUGGUACUUCUUGCCAGUUUUGAAGUUGAGCAAUAAUAUAGAAUGAAGAAUAAGGCUUUUAAUAGGUUGCGGGAUUGCAGGAUUGUUAGAAAUGGUUCUUGUUUGUUGAGAUUUGGAUGAGUGCUUAGUUUGGGGAGUGAGGGUAGGAAGAAGAACCACUGUAAAUAUGCUUGGCAUCAGCUAAGUGGUGAGCCCAAUAGUUGUUUGCAUCUUGAUUUCAUUUCUUCUUUUUUUUUUUGUUGGUUUUCCCCCCUUUUUGUUUCUUUGACUUGUCUGAUAAAUAAUUUGUAGCAUAAAAUUGUGAAAUGAAAUUUAUGUAUAUAUAAUGAAGAUGUACCCUUUUUAACUGAAUUUGGUUCCUACA